AAGAAGAAAGCCUUUUUUUCCCCCCGGUGCGCGCACUCGCCAGCCAGUCGCCGCUCGAGCGCGUCGGAGGCAGGCGCGCCACUUUCCCGGUGCCUCCAAACUGAAACGGCUUCGCUUGCAGACACUUGUGGACUUUACCGCUUGGAUGACAACAAAACGGAAGUUUCUAGGUGAAGACGUCCCGAAAUCGAGCGGCGCUAAAGGAGGACCCGUCUUUACGGGGCUGAGCCGUGGGCAAGAGUCUGCAAGAUGAAGGUCUUUCUCCCCCUGCUGAUGCCCCUCCUGAUCGUCCUCGCAAUUCCCGGAGGCAUCAUGUCCAGUGAAUGCCCAAAGGACUGCUCCUGUUCCACGCCGGACUCCAUCUUGUGUUUCCAGAGACGUUCCGCCACCUUUCCUCAUACACUGCCACCGUUGACAAGGAGCCUCUACCUUUUCGCCAAUGGAAUCGAGGGCUUAUCCGCCCAGGACUUUGAUGGUCUUGAGAACUUGGAAAUGCUCGACCUCAGCCAAAACAAACUGACAGAACUUUCUGAUGGGGUCUUCCUACCACUAACCUCUUUGAAAAACUUGGAUUUGUCAUCUAACCAAAUAACCCACAUUUCCGAGGAAUGCUUCCAAGACAUGGUACUGCUUGAGCGUCUUUAUUUGUAUAGCAACCAUAUCAAGACCAUCCACCCUGCUGCGUUUAAUGGCUUGGAGAACCUACUGGAGCUCAAAUUGCAGGGCAAUAGGUUGACGUCUUUGCCUGUUCUCGCAAUGCCUCGAUUGCUGCUGCUGGAUCUUCGUUUUAACGUCAUACCUAGAUUGGGCCCUUCAGACCUCCAAACCCCAAAUCUGGAGUCCCUCAAAUUGGGUGGUGUGGGAAUAACUGACCUGAAUUCGGAGCUCAUUGGUAGUCUAAAGAACCUCCAUGAACUGGAUGUCUCAAGAAAUCAACUGGAGGUUUUGCCACCGAUCCUGAAAGAAAUUCGAGGGCUGAUUUACCUCAACCUGGCUGGCAACCCCAUGGGGCCUCUUAAAUUUCAGGACCUGAAGAAUCUAGAAGAGCUAAAGGAGUUGGACAUUAGCAGCCUAAGUCUGCAAGGCCUCCCAGAGGAUUUUGCGCAGCUAUUCCCUCACCUUAGAAAGCUGACCGUGGCAGAAAACCCCUUCAACUGCCUGUGUACCUUAGCCUGGCUCCCGAGCUGGCUGCGAGCCCAAAGCAUCACCCUGGAGAGAACAGAGGAGACACGCUGCCACUUCCCUCCGAUCAAUGCUGGCAAGGUAGUGGAGAGACUGGAGCAUCGUGAUUUUGGCUGCCCUACUACAACUACACAAACUAAGACCACAGUGAAAACUACAGCCGCUGUGCCUGUCACGACCUCAGAGAGCACCACAACAGCUGUUCCAGUCCCGAAGGCUAAUGAUGACGACGCAAACAAAGACGCUGACUAUCUCUUGCCGCCUGUUCCUGCGUCCCCAAGCAGCAGCAGCAUGGACUCCGAUGACGAACAACACUUCUGCCCGUCUCAAACCUGCCUCAAUGGUGGGACUUGUCGUCUGGACCAGUACGGUCAAGUCGAGUGUACCUGCCCACACGGCACAUCUGGAUUUUAUUGCGAAGUCCAAAACAAGAUCCCUCCUCAGCCGCCCGAACCCGAUGUCUCCGUGACGACGGUCACCCCGAACGUGCCAGAUAUCAGUUCGCGCCAGGCGACCUCGACAUCGAUCCUGCUAGAUCUCCAUCGCUACAUAGAAAUGCGACCGUACAUCCGGGGAAUCCGUCUUACCUACCGCAAUCUUUCCGGGCCAGACCGCAGGCCGAUGCAACUGAGCCUGCCGGCCUCAUAUCCGGAGUACAGACUCAGAGGCCUGAACCCCAACUCCACUUACCAUGUAUGCGCCAGUCCACUGGGCGCCCCAAAUGGCAUCGACAGCAUAUGCACUCAGGCGCAGACUGCCGAUGAAAAAAAUGCCAGCGUCACUGGAGCUCAAAUAGUGAACAAGAAGAUGACCACCAUGCUGGUGCCUGCGAUGGCCAUCUUGCUCCUGCUGGUUCUGAUAGCAACAGCGGUGGGAGUGGUUUGUUUUGUCCGCAAGAAGAGAGCUAAAGGCCACCUGGACCUGGACUGCGAGCCCUCUCAGCUCGAGCUGGAUGGUGUAAAGGCUGGCAUGGACAACGGGGCGCUGCCUCAGAAACAGGCAGAACUCAUGAUCCCUGAACCCGCUGUUCAAAAUGGCAACCUGGAAUAUGAAGUGCUGCUACUGCAGGACCACUGCAUAUCAAGUAAAAACUUAUCAUCACACAAGCCUUCAUACUUUUGACACCUGGCCCGGACUAAAUAAGGAUUUCCUCUUCCAGCACUGUCCCUUACUGACUAACACAGAGACCAGCUGUAUGACAGACGACAGAAUAACAAUCAGUGAGCAUCGUGCGAAACGGUUAAUCAUCCAAUUAAGCCGUAUUUGGACUUUGGCUCCAUAUAUGUGACAUUGAGCUCACAUGGCCAGACUGUCUAAGGCCAAGUGAUGCUGGGAGACAUGCUGGAUUUUCAUUGGAUGAAAUGUUUGUUCAUUCAGGAGUCUGCACUAAAUUGCUGUAAAGCCAGAUUUGUUCCCGUACCACACUGUCAGGUGUACAUUGCUGCUCCUCAGUACUGUCCCCAAAGGGAUUCGUGUCUGUCGUUAAGGAGGGAAUGAAGUUGUGCAGAUACGGUUUUAUUGUUCUCCUGUCCACAAAGACUGUUUUCAACCAUGUCUGUCGCGCUCUUCAAUACCCCUCCAGACGAAUUUUACAAUACCGGGCGGAGGACUGUAACAUGGGCAGAUUAAUGUAGCAAAAAUCUGCAUGGGCCAUGUUGAAAGCCUACAUCCUGAAUAUCCUACUUUUUUGGCACUAAAACAAAUGCUGAUUUUGUAUAUAAGUUUUAUAUGUCUUUUUGUAUUAUUAUUUUUUUUUUAACUGUGCAACAUUGUGACUGCUAACAGCCUUUUUAUACAUACACCGUCACCUCUUGUGACUAAUGGACAAAGCGACAGAUUGAAAUCUUUGAAGAUUAGAAAUCGUUUGGUACCACCACGGUCAAUCAAAGAGCUUUUGGCCCCCACGGUGUCAGACAGUCUAAGUAGAUGCAAGUCUGCAAACACUCAAGACUAACUAAAUCUCCUUUUGCAACAUUUGGAAGCACGGGCCGUCGUAAAAAGGGGGAAGUAAUCGGGAUUACGAGCGGGUACGCACGAAAGCAGUUGACUGAACCCCUUCUGUUUUAGCUGCUGCUUAGUGCUUGCUUCAAUUAUGUUAAACACACAUUCAAAUUACACACACAAAAAAAUACAGGGACUUUAUUUAUUAUUUAUUCUCCCUUUAAGGGAAAUGCAGUUUAGGCCUCAAUUACUAUUCAUGGAUAUACAAAUUUAUGCGGCAGAUCGCUUGCCCAAUGAGUAAAAUUAGGCAUGACGCUGGGAAUCAUUUAAAAUCUAAUGUGAAUGAAUAACCACGCUGUGGUUUAGAGGAAUAACGAGACUUACAAAAUGACUCUGGGACUGGAACAUGAAGAGGGCAAGCAAGAACCCGAGUUGCGAGUUAUGUAUGAUGUAUAUGUGCAGGGGGACAGAUCUGUCGACAUCAGUGCUCAUGAACUGUCAUGUUCGGACUUGCGCUACUUGCCGCCCCCUCUUUCUACGUGCCCCCAUCUCUCGAGUUCAUUGUAUCCCAGACUCCUCGAUCAACACAUCUGUGAAUGCCUGUUACCAGCAGUAUUUUCAGCGUAUAGUCAACGGUCCUACACGCACAACGUAUUGACGCGCCAACCAAAAUAACAAGAAGAAGAAAAAGUAAGGCAACUGGAAUAUAUUUCUGUAAAACAGAAUUCGUUGGAAAUAAUAAAUAUCUUCAACGUGACUGUAAAUUAAGUUUUCCCUGUUUAUUUUGGGAAGUGCCUUGUUAAUAGUGUUCUUUCUUUUUUAUAAUUACGUGAACUCAUUUGUAUAAGUGGAACAAAAGUGAUAUCAGUAAAUGAAGAUGGAAAACUAAAA